UGCUGCACCAUCGGCUCAGCUCUUCACUGAAACCAGCUCUAACACCAUGCUGUCCUCCAGACUCAGCAGCACACUGUUGCUUGCAGCAACAUGUGUACUCAUGACUUCAGGCUUUCCUAGAACUGGUCCUUUAGCCCACUUCCCAGUGUCAACAGAGAGGGUGAUCACCUGUGACAGCCUCGACAGUGUACAACGCCUGAGCUGUGAGAAUGGAGUGAUCAUUGUGCAAUCAGUUCUGUUCGGAAGGACAGAUGCAGAAACCUGCAGUGAGGGGAGACCUGCACACCAGCUUAAAAAUACACAAUGUUCCCAGGAUGGCGCCCUGAAGGUUGUCAAGAGCAGAUGUGAUGGUCAGAAGGUAUGUGAAAUAAAUCCAGUCCUCUUCCAUACUUCUUCUGAUCCGUGCUACGGCAUUUACAAAUACGUGGACACCACCUACGCCUGCUUCCCAGCCAUCCACAGUGUGACAUGUGAUGAUUCUCUGGCAAACCUUCAGUGCGAUGAAGGACAGGUUUUACUUAUUCACAGAGCUGAUUACGGACGUCAUGAUGCAACUACAUGCUCUUUCAAUCGUCCAGCCUCUCAGCUCCAAAAUGUCCAAUGCUCAAAGCAAAUAAACAAAGUAGCCGAGAGUUGUAACGGGAAAAGCAGCUGUACUGUCAAAGUGAGCGGCUCUGUGUUUGGAGAACCAUGUUAUGGCAUCUACAAGUACCUGGAGGUGGCUUACAGCUGUCACUUUGCAGAUGAAAGCUGAAUGCUGCUGAAUGGAGGAAAUCACUGACAUCAAAUACUAUCAGCGUCUAUUAUCUUUAAAUAAAUUGUGUAAUGAAUCAAUUAUUAAUCAAAAAGAUCAAUCAAUAGCCAGUGCAACGUAUGGUCAAAAAUAUAAAGACAGGUACUGAUUUUACAUGCAUAUCAGAUUUAUUCAAGACAUGUCAACUUGUGGUCUGUGGUGUCUAGAUAUAUUUGGCCUUUAUUCUAAAUGUAAAACUGAUUUAAAACUGAUUGCCUUAAAUAUUUUUUUCUG